AUGGAGAAGCAAAAUAGUGCGAGGAUCAUUUUGAGGAAUCUCAAUUUGAGUCACUAUGCAAAGAUAGUUAAAAAACUAAGAAAAACUGCAGUACCAACACUCUUUAGCAUUCCAAAUCCACCACCAUCUGUAACUGACAAGAGGAUAAGAGAAGUAAGAUGUCCUAAGCCAAAUACUGAAGUGGAAACUCUACCUGCUUCAAAUGAAGAGUUGUUAAAAAAAAUAGAAUUCCUUGAGCAACAGCUUCAAGAAAAAGAUGCAAAAUUGACAUCAUUUUUGUCCGAUGAGCAAGUAGGAACCCUUGCUGUGCAGUCAAAAAGGAACUGGUCAGAAAAGUCCAUUAUAAAAGGACUGAAGAUGCGAUUUGCUUUGAGGCAAACAUGGAUAUAA